CAGCGCCAACCUUAAUGGAUAAACAAAAAUUAAUACCCCAAUUCUUACCCGAUAUCCCGCAGGAAAUGGAAAACGCAGCACCGCAGUGAAUAGUCCGGCAGGCGAUGAUGAGAUAGUGGACCUCAGUCUGUAUAGUUAUCCAUUUGAUUAUGCAGAAAAUAAGCCAAUAACAGUGCCCACGUUCACUUGGCCCACUCCUGGGGGUCGCACCCAAAAAUAUGCCCUGGACUUGUGUCAUUCUGCUCUACGAAAUUCCUCUGUUUACAGCCUGUGUCAUAAAGUUCCAGAUUUUGACAACUCUUUCAUUUUGUCACAAUGUGUGGCCGACAUACAGAUGUUAGACGAGGAGACGGUGGCCCUGGAGACAGCCAGGGAUACAUUUGAGGCCACAUGUCAGGUCGAGGUAGAAAAGCUUGAAUUCCCCCCUCUGCCCGCCAGUGGGACUCCAGUUGCUGUACCAGCCAACCUACGUGAACUGGCAGCCAUCGUCAACUCAGGAGCCAUCAGCAGUAAAGUGUGCCCCAGCCAGUGUAGUGGCAACGGGGACUGUAUCAACGGGAAGUGUCAAUGUCGACCCCCUUACGUGUCCCAAGAUUGCUCCUUACGGGACUCCCAGCCUCCUCUUGUGUCUGAAAUUCAAGAUGGAGGCAUAUGUGACGUCAGACGCAGGACAUGCAAGAAGCUCCGCCUUGGUGUGUCUAACAUAAUGGAGGGUAAGGAUUUCAAGUGCCAGGCAACAGUUGCUAAGAUUGAUCUAUCCACCAGUAUCCGUACCCCAGGCAUGGUCUCAGACACCACUGCAGAUAUGAUUUCCUUCGCAGAAAUGACAUGCGCAUUACCGCCACACUCUGCGAAGAUAUUUGACGGUGUGACGUCAUCACCAGGCACACCUGCCCUCGGUUUCACUCUUGCCGUCAGCAAUAACGGGAAAGACUAUUCCAACGCCGUGAACGUCACAGUCUAUGACUCCAAGUGUGUCACGUGUACCGGCCAUACCUGUGUCAGAAAGGCUGUCACGUGCGUAAUUAACGGGUACUGUAUUGCGGACGGUGAGAGUCACCCUGGAGAUCCCUGCCAGGAAUGUGACGUGAACUCCAGUACAGACCAAUGGACCAGACGGACAGAUGGGAAGUGCGCCAAGACGUGCAACUGUAAGCCAGGUUUCCAAUGUAACCCCUCCACGAUCACCUGUGAAGAUAUCAACGAAUGCCAGAAUACAAGUAUAUGUGGUCUCUACGAAGAGUGCCGUAAUACUGAAGGCAGCUUUUAUUGUUAUAGGCGUACCUCGGGGUGUCCUCAGCACUACGCAAAGUUCGGAAACGCCUUCUGUUAUCGCGUGCACCUGUCUAAGUCGACCUUCACCCAGUCACGUGCCACUUGUACCAGCGAGGGGGGCGAUCUGGCCAUGCUGUCUCGGGGAGAUUACAAAGCUUUAACCAACAAUAUUGCGGGAAAUCUUGGGUUGCUGUGGAUAGGAGUCGUCCUAGACAGAGUUGACAACCUUUACAGAUACAUAGAUGAUUCGGACUAUCUUCCCUGGGUCAAUGGACUUCCGCUCGAUGUCAAGAAAGGACUUAAUUGCGUUGCCAUGGAUACCAACGCCGCAUUUCGGUAUGUCGGCAAAAGAUGCACAGACACGGCGGGCUUUGUGUGCCAGGCCAAAUGGCAAAAACCAUAACUUUGAUUUUCAAACCAUCUUAGGUCAGCGCUCAAAUAACAAUGUUUCAAAUGAAAAUCCGUAAUACAGGCAGUUUAUAACGUUGACAAAAUGUUUACUUACUUCUCAAUAUUCGAGAUUGAUUUAGAUAGGCACGAUGGUGAGGCAAGCUCUGCGAUAACGAGGCUGUUUGUGUGUGACUGAGUACUGGUGAGCAGUUUACAGUAUUUUCGUCCCUAGAUCAUUGUAUUACCUGUUUUUGACAUUAAAAUAUCCUAAUCUUCUGUAAUUGAAGUGCAUGUUAUACAUUUAAAACAUAUUGAAACAUCGUGUUGAAUUUAGAGCUUCAAACGCUGGGUCCAACAAAAGAGUAUUUCGAUAUCAGUUCUGAAGAGACAAAAAAUACCGUCGUUUGCACGUCAGAAAAAUCCGUUACCAACUGUGUUCAUUAUUUCAGAACAUCUAGUUUCCCAACAAUUUCAAGUUCCUACAUGUACUUUGUGGGAAUUUACAUUGUUAUUAGUGCAGGAUACAAACGUUAACGCGAUAAAAUUAUCCAUCAAUCGCCUUUAUAUCGAAAAGGGUUCAAUUUUGACAAUUUUAUUUUUUGCAUUCAUUCAAAGGCAAAAUGUCAACGUACUCAUCUAUAAUAUGAAAUCCGUAUCAACGAAGUUCUAUUUUAUGACAUUUUGGCCACUCCAAUACACAUUAAUACAAUACACCCCAGUACACAAGAAAGUAUUUAUCGGUUACUUAUACUGGCCUUCCAAUUAAUGGCACUUGUUAAACAGCUGUGUGUGUACAGAGAAAGAAGCAUACCACUUUCGAUUGCUGGUGUGAAGAAGUUUCAGUUCAUUUUGGCGACUACAUUGAGGUGGUUGUGACACAAUGCGGUAGGUGUUCCAGUGUAAUUGUGCUUUAUUGUAAAACAGACUGAGGCUAGGUAUUUUUAAAAUUUUUCAUUUUUUUUUUUUCAAAUUAAAAUUACACCAGUUUUCGUGUGUGCGUACCAUGGCUACCAAUUUCUUCAAUGAAAGUAAACAGAAAAUAAAGUGGAAUGAUAAACGUUUUAUCCACCACAACUGAGCUGUUUAAAUCCUGUGCCCUGCGUCCCUCAGAAAUAGCAUAACUAAGGCAUUAUACCUCAGCCGGGCAGAAAUGUUGUAUUCACACAAAGUAUACAAAUUGCUUUUUGAAUCUGCAACUCCGCAUUCUAGCAACACUUCCCUGUCUGUAUUAAUAUAUUUAUAAAUCAAGUUUAAGGUAUAUUUAU